AUGGCGUCGUCUCCGUUCACUUCGCAGUCUGACCUGGGCUGGCCCGCCGCCAGAGUUCGCGAUACGUUCCUGGACUUUUUCAAGCAGAAUGGCCACACAUUCGUGCCGUCCUCGCCGGUCGUCCCGCUGUCCGAUCCGACUCUACUCUUCGCAAAUGCGGGAAUGAAUCAGUAUAAAUCUAUCUUCCUAGGCACCGUCGACCCAAAUUCGGACUUUGCCCAAUUGAAGCGUGCGCAUAACUCCCAAAAGGUUUGCCAUCUCUCAGGAUUUUAUGUCAAAUAUGAUGCUGACGUCGGACUUAGUGUAUUCGCGCUGGUGGAAAGCACAAUGUAUGGACUCUUGAAGGGAACACGCGAGCUUCGAGAAAACCGACUGACUCUCUGGCAGGACUUGGACGAUGUUGGGAAGGACAGUUAUCACCAUACUUUCUUUGAGAUGCUGGGCAACUGGAGUUUCGGUGACUAUUUCAAGAAAGAAGCCAUCCAAUAUUCCUGGGAGCUCCUCACAAAAGUCUACGGCUUGGACCCGGAUCGUUUAUACGUGACAUACUUCGAGGGAAAUCAAGAUGCGGGCAUCGAGCCUGAUCUGGAAACGAAAGGCCUAUGGCUAGCAGUUGGUGUCAAAGAAGACCACAUCCUUUCUGGAAAUAUGAAAGAUAAUUUCUGGGAGAUGGGAGACCAAGGGCCUUGUGGGCCUUGCAGCGAAGUGCACUAUGAUAGAAUCGGCGGUCGGAACGCCGCCCAUCUAGUGAAUAUGGACGACCCUGAUGUUUUAGAGAUCUGGAAUAAUGUCUUUAUUCAAUACAACAGAGAGUCUGCAAAAAUUCUACGGCCUCUUCCGAACAAGCACGUCGAUACAGGCUUGGGUUACGAAAGAUUGGUAUCUGUUCUUCAAAAUAAAUCAUCCAAUUACGAUACCGACGUCUUUUCCCCUCUUUUUGAUACCAUUCGCGAUGUCACUGGUGUCCGCCCUUACACCGGAAAGUUCGGUGACGAAGAUGUGGAUGGAAUUGAUACUGCGUAUAGAGUGGUUGCUGACCAUGUCAGAACUCUUACGUUUGCCAUUUCCGAUGGUGCAACCCCAAAUAAUGAGGGACGCGGUUAUGUUGUCCGGAGAGUUCUACGCCGAGGCGCCCGCUACGCCAGAAAAUACUUACAAGUCGAAAUUGGAAACUUCUUCUCCAAAAUUGUACCGACUGUCGUCGACCAGAUGGGCGGUAUGUUCCCAGAAAUCAAGAAAAAGCAGGCCGAUGUGAUGGAAAUUCUAGAUGAAGAAGAGAUCUCAUUUGCCAAGACACUGGAUCGAGGAGAGCGACAAUUCGAAAUUUAUGCACAACAAGCUAAAAGUUCGGGGUUGGGGAAAUUACAUGGAGCAGAUGUGUGGCGACUAUACGAUACGUUUGGCUUCCCCGUCGAUUUGACCCAAUUAAUGGCCGAAGAACGGUCACUAAGUAUCGACAACGAUGAAUUUGAAGAAGCAAGGCUGAGAGCAAAAGAAGCCAGUAAGGGCCAGGCGAAAACAGCGUCAGACCUUCUUACACUCACUGUCCAUGAUCUCAGCAAGUUGGAGAAGGACAACAUACCUAAAACGGAUGACAAUGCUAAAUUUGGCCGAGGAAACAUAACUUCACAGAUAGUUUCCAUAUACCAUGGCAAGGAAUUUGUGAAUUCUACAAAAGACAUUCCAGAAGAUGGCCAAGUGGGUAUCAUUCUUGACAAAACUAAUUUUUAUUCUGAGCAGGGUGGUCAAGAAUAUGAUACUGGGAAAAUUAUCAUCGAUGGAAAGGCAGAAUUAGAUGUCAGAAACGUUCAAAUGUACGGAGGAUAUGCUCUCCACACAGGUUUCAUCAAAUAUGGUAACUUGUCGGUUGGCGACUCCGUUAUAUCCGAGUAUGAUGAGCUCCGGCGAUGGCCUAUCAGAAAUAACCAUACCGGCACCCACAUUCUCAACUUCGCUCUUCGAGAAAUUCUUGGGGAUGAUAUCGAUCAGAAAGGAUCGCUUGUCGCCGCUGAAAAGCUGCGAUUCGACUUCUCUCAUAAAUCUGCCGUCUCGGACAGUGAUCUUGAGAAGAUUGAAGAAAAGGCGACCGAGUACAUUCGCCAAAACUGCGCUGUCUAUUCUCAGGAAGUAGCUCUCGCCACGGCCCGUGAAAUUACUGGCGUUCGUGCGGUUUUUGGGGAGACUUAUCCGGACCCUGUUCGAGUAGUGUCUGUCGGUGUUGAGCUUGACGAGAUUCUAAAAAAUGUUAAGGAUCCCAGAUGGGAAAAAGUCAGCAUUGAAUUCUGUGGUGGUACACACGUUCAAAAAACUGGUGACAUCAAAGAUCUUGUGAUCCUAGAGGAGAGCGGGAUUGCUAAAGGUAUUCGAAGAAUCAUCGCGGUUACCGGUGAAGAUGCACACAAGGUGCAGCGUAUUGCGAAAGAGUUCGGAAAUCGCCUUGACCAUUUCGAGAAGAUGGAGAUGGGUGCCAAGAAAGAACAAGAGGCGAAGUUGAUCCAGGUUGACUUGAAUCAACUCUCCAUAUCUGCUGUAGAAAAAGCCAAAUUCCGAGAACAGUUUGCUCGAAUUCACAAACAACUCCUUGAUGCGCAGAAGGCUAUGCAGAAACAAGAAAUCAAAGCCGCUUUGGAUGCAAUCAACUCCCAUUUCGACAACCCCGAAAAUAAGGAUAGCCCUUAUCUCGUUAUUCGUUUGCCUACUUCUGCCAACGCAAAAGCCAUCAGCGAGUCUGUCAACCAUGCUAAAUCGAAAUUGAAGGAUAAAUCACUUUACGUCUUUGCUGCGGAUGUUGACCAGGGACGUGUUGCGCAUGGGUGCUAUGUCUCGCCAUCUCUUUCUGCCCAAGGGGGCUCUGCAAGCAACUGGUCUGGGGUUGUCUCUGGUAUCGUUGGAGGAAAAGCAGGUGGGAAAGCGCCAACAUCUAUCGGCAAUGGUACAGAGGUCGACAAAGUUGAUGAGGCGAUUGAUGCUGCUACAAAGUAUUUAGAACAGUUUAAAUUGUGA